UAUCCCCACACGUGAUCACAUAUCUAGAAUUUUUGUAGGGGAGAAAUAAAAGUUCGAGAUCGAAAGGUCGACCGGCGGACCACGACCAAAGCCCGACUCUGCUGCUGCUUCGCACCCCGAACCCGGACACCGCAGCCGAGAUGAAGCCCAGAAGAUAUCACGGCCUCAAGCGAGUGAGACUCCGGCAGAGCUGGAACAAGUACAACCUCUUCAACCUCUACCGCUUCAAGGAUCCAGCGAUCGGCCGCAGCGACUACCAGACCUUCUUCCAACAGAAAUGGAGGGCGAAGGGCAUCCUCCGAGAUUACCACGGCGAGCACGUCGUCGAGCGCAAGUGGACGCGCAUGUUCAGCCGCCGUCUGCUGGGCGUCGUCGACAUGGACGCCAGGUACAUGGCCGAGUUCGACGGUUCCGAGAUGGCUGCCGGUAGAGGAUCUGGAAAGGACAAGCCGCCGACAUUCAACAACGAGGAGGUGGAAAAACAACCUCUAACACCCUACAUGCAGAUGACCUUUGCGCCUAUGGAGAGACGGUUAGAUAUCGCCGUCUUUAGGGCCAUGUUCGCGAGUAGCACGAGACAGGCGAGACAGUUCUGCGUCCACGGCGCUGUCAAGGUCAAUGGCAAGGUGAUGCCGUAUCCCGCCUACCGUCUCAACCCCGGCGACAUGUUCCAAGUCGACCCCGAGCGCGUCCUCCACGCCACCGGCGCCCCCAAAGACGACCCCAACAAAACCCGCAACAGGAAAGGCAACAAGAAGAAGAAAUCCUCGGCCGCCGACGAAGAAGAAGAAGGCACCGAGGAAGCGGAAGAGGAAGAAGGAGCAGGAGAAGAAGAGGAAAACGCAUCCGAAGAACCGGAGCAGGACCCGGACACGACCGACAAGCCGGACGCGCCCAAGGUCGACAUGCGGCCGACGCGCGAGCAGAUCACGGAGCUCGCGUCGCGCGCCAAGCGGAUCCUGGCCGAGGAGGAGGUCGGCGCGACGCAGAAGCAGCGCCUGCGCCGCUUCGUGAAGAAGCUGCGGAGCCUGAUCUCGCAGACGGGGCGCGCGAACGCCUCGCCGGCCGAGAUCGCCGAGGAGCUGUCCGUGCAGAUGGGCGGGCUCACCGUCGGUGCCUCCGACUCUUCCUCCCUCUCGAAAACCGCGGCGGAUUUCUUGUCGCAAUCGUCGUCGUCGUCGUCAUCAUCCGCCGCCGCCGCCGCCGCCACGGAAGUGGGCGGCGGCCUCGACAAGUUCGAGAUGAAGAAAUUGGAGCAGCGCAUCGCGGAGCAGAUGCGCGAGGAAGAAGAGAACCCGCACGACCCGAGCAAGCCGUACAAGACGCCCUGGCGCCCGCGCAACUACAUGUCGCCCUUCGCCUUCAUCCCCAAGUACCUCGAGGUCAACCAUAACGUCUGCGCCGCCGUCUACCUGCGCCACCCCGUCGCCAAGAUCGGCCGCGCCGAGGUCCCUACCCCCUUCCCCGAGUACAUCAACCAGCUCGCCUUCAACUGGUACCUGAGGCGGAGGUAAGAAAGUGGGCGGAAUAAAAUAAAAAUUCCAGCCCUUUUUUUUUUAUAAUAUGCGUACGGUAGUCACGAGCUAUGGUGGUAGAUAUGACUUUUAGAUAGGCCGGGGGAUACCCGGUUUAGCUCGAUAUAUUAGAGAGCGCGGGCUGGCGUAACAUGCCGUAGGCAGAUGUUUUACUAGACUGAGGCUACGGGGAAACAUGGCUUCUGGAUGCCAUGUGCUAUAUACAUUGCAUUUGAAAUGCCCGCAGCCCGAGAUACUGCCUAGCAUAGCCCGUGAGGCUACUUACCCCCAUCAUUACGUACUACUCACCAAGUAGUCGGAUGGGCCAAAGCUCUUCUCUGUAUAUACCUAGGUACUCAUAUAGAGACAACGUGUACAAUACGAUGUAUAUGAACGCCG